AGGGUGACGGACACGCCCCUUCCGGUGGCAGGGACGCGGGCGGGGCGGAAGCGCGGAGCUGCCGGUGCCGGUAUCGGUGCUGGUGCCGCCGCCGCCAUGCGCAAGUUCUUCCAGGAGAUCAAAGCCGACCUGAAGUUCAAGAGCGCAGGGCCCGGACAGAAGCUCUCGGAGCCGUCCCGGGUCCCCAAGGAGAAACCGAAAACCGAAGCGGCGCAGAAGCCUCGUCAGGGCCCCACGGACGAAGCGCAGAUGGCGGCGGCCGCGGCGCUGGCCCGGCUGGAGCUGAAGCCCAAGGCCAAGGCGCUUUCCUCCCAGGACGCCAUCAAGAACCAGGUGAGAAAAGAGCUGAUGGCUGAGGCAGCUGCAAGUGAGAAAGGUCUCUCUGCGGAGGAAGAGGACUUCGCCUCCCCAGACAAGGAAGGGGCAGCUGCCCCCUCUGUGUCAGGGGUCUAUUUCAUUUGCCCGUUGACUGGUGCCGUUGUAAGGAAAGACAAGAAGGAAAAGCACCUCAGAGAAGCCAUCCAGGCGUAUUUCUCCGUAGACCCAGUGGCUGCCUCGAUCAUGGAGAUUCACACCUUCAAUAAGGACCGGGAGAAAGUACGAGCGGGCGUGGAGACCAUGGCCAAAUACUUGGAUAAUAUCUAUCUCCAUCCAGAGGAGGAGAAGUACCGGAAAAUCAAACUGCAGAACAGAGUGUUUCAGGAAAGGAUAAGCUGCCUGGAAGGGAUACACAGAUUUUUCCAGGCUAUCGGGUUUGAGACAAAAAUACUGCCUGUUCCAGGACAAGAGACCACAGAGGAGUACUAUGUACUGAAGGAAGAAAUGCUGACCAAGUUGGAAGACCUCAAGGACUACAAAGAACAGCUUUUAAACUCCGAGCCCAUGAGAGCCCAGCUGGAUCGCCAGCUCUGUCUGUUUAAACCAUCCCCCGAAGCUGCCCGCUUUGAGCUGCCAAAUGACUUUUACAACCUCACUGUAGAAGAGAUCAAACGAGAGCAACGGCUCCGGACAGAAGCGGUGGAGAAAGCUUCGAUGCUGAGGACAAGAGCCAUGCGAGAGAAAGAAGAACAAAGGGAAAUGCGGAAGUACAACUACACCCUGCUGCGAGUCCGGUUUCCCGACGGAUAUAUACUCCAAGGGACUUUUUAUGCACGAGAAUCAGUAUCCGUGCUCUACAACUUUGUGAGAGAAGCACUCCGAGAUGACUGGCUGCCCUUUGAGCUGUUGGGACCUGGAGGUCUCAAACUGACUGAUGAGAACUUGGCCUUCAAUGAAUGUGGGCUGGUGCCCUCAGCCCUCCUGACUCUUGCCUGGGAUGCAGAAGUCAUGGCAGACAUUCAGGUGUCAGGAGAGCCAGCAAGCCCUCUGAAACCAGAACUUCUCUCAAGAGUCCAGACACUGUCAUGAAAUAAAGGGGAGUGGAUUCAGUGCUGGUGGUUUUAGACUGUUCCCUCAUUUCCCCAUACAGACUGUUGGAGCUUCCAGUUACGUGACCUCAGAAAUGACUUUGUUUUAGCUCUACAGCGUGGAAGGCUAGAUUCUGCCAUGUCAAACCAACCCUGCAGUCACCUCCACCAUUCCAGUAGCCACACACUAAGACAGUCCUGCCCAGUGAGACACUUACAGGACUGCUCUGAAGGGCUUUAAAAACCAAGUUCUAGAAGUGACUGCUCGAGGUAUUUCCAAGACUAUGAUGAAGCCUUUGAAGGAGGGAUGAGGUGCUGGUACUAGGCUGGAUUAUCAAUCAACUGAGCCUGGAUAUCAGGCUGGGCUUAAAACUCAGCUUUUCCUUUUGCUUCUGUGUGCACUGUAACUCCUAUUGGAGAGAAUAUAUUUAGAUAAAAUUAUGCUUAGUCUGAUUAAAUGGAAUAUUUAAA